CCUCCGGUCUCCUGUCUUAACUCUGACGCCUGAAGAACUCUACCCCUAAACCCAUCCCGUCCGCCCUCGCCGCCGCCACCGUCGCCGCCGCAGCCCCCCGUACGCCGCCGCGGCCAUGGACGCCGCCACCGACAGCGAGCAGCGGCGCCUCCUCUCUAUCCCCAAGGAGGGCGAGCGCGUCAUCGCGCCGACGCGCCGCCCGGACGGAACCCUCCGCAAGGAGAUCCGCAUCCGCGCCGGCUACACCCCGCAGGAGGAGGUUGCCCUCUACCAGUCCAAGGGCGCCCUCAUGAGGAAGUCAGGGCCCGACGUGCCGCCGGGGUACGAUCCUGCUCUAGAUGCCAAGCCCAAGACGAAGGCGGCCAAGCGCAACGAGCGGCGUAAGGAGAAACGGCACCAGCAGGGUGGUUCAACAAAUGAUAAAGGGAAGAGCGUGGAUAUAGAGGAGAUUGAUGCUGUAGAAACUGUGAAGGUUCCUUCUUCGAAAACUAAUAAGCAGAGGGAUACAGUGGACAGUGUAGCAGAGCAGAUACGUGGCAUUGCUAUUUCUGAACCUCCAGUUAUGGCGGCAACCCCUUCCACAAAUGCGGCUGAUAACUUGCAAGCAGAAUCAUCUGCUCCAGAGAUCGAUAAGAAAAUCCGUGCACUAAAGAAAAAGAUACGUUUAGCGGAGGCACAAGUGCAAGGGGAACCAGAAAAAUUGAAGCCUGAGCAACUGGAGAAAACAAAGAAGAUUGAAGGGUGGCGUGAAGAGCUGAAGCUUUUGGAAUCUAAGAGGGCUCAUUCAGCUUCCUAAACAAACUCAGCCUCAGCUCUGAUGUAAACAAGAGCCAGUUCCGUGGUGUGCUUGCUGUGGCAUUAUUGCGAACCCGAAUUCCGGUCGAUCAUGCUGUGCUUCUCCAGUACCAAUGGGUUGCUGGAAAAGCAUUCCACUAGCGUGGGGUUUGCACAGAAUGGAAGAUUUUUAUCACAUUGUCUCAUGUACGACCGUCAGUUCCAAAAGAUGUAUUGCCAUAUCAUUUGUCAGAGAUCACACUGAGAUAACCGACUUGCUAUGGGGUGGCUGUUGCUUUCAUGUAUUCUUCCUGGACACCGGACUAAUGUAUUCAGUACAGUCCACCUUGAUUCUUGGAUUCA